UUGUUGCUAAAUUUAAUUCUGUUAUAAAAUAUAAGGUAUAUAUUGCAUUAUUAUUUUCAUAAAUAUAGCUGCUUAUAUCAAUAAUAUUUUUAUUAUAAAACUGUAUAAGCAAUCUCAACUAGGCCCUACUGUGCAGUAGGCGUUUUGUGGUGCGAGUUAUCUUGUUUAACUUUGAUAGUAAAAUAUAUUACAAUAUGAUCCGGCUAUCAUAAUGGCAACCGUUUACACAGAUAAAUGAUUGUGUAGAAUUAUAGAUUAGUAGGCCUACAUAACAGGUAAACAAUAUGUCUGUAACACACCUGGUUUGCGUCGUCUUAGUGGCUGUGGACGUGUCUUCAGCAAAUGGAAGUAAACGGCCAGUGUUCGAUGAUUGGCUGAAAGAGAAUGAUAAGCAGUAUGAUACCGCCGAGGAAUAUGAAAGACGAUUGAAGAUAUUUGAAAAUAACCUUAAGGUGAUAGAGACUCAAAAUAGACGAAAUGAGACUUAUAAACUUGGAAUAACGUCUUUCACUGAUAUGGAUUUUGAAGAAUUCUCCAACCUUUACCUCAUGAAUGCUCCACUGAAUUGCUUCUUCAAGAAAGGCAAUCAUCCGCGACGCAAGGGCCCUUUCCCGAAGUCCAAUGACUGGAAUGAUUAUCCUUUUCCUGUAGUAAAUGGUGUUUUUGACCAGGGAACAUCUUGUGCGUCCGGGUGGGCAUUUGCUUCAGCUGAUACCCUAGCUAGUGCGACAGCAAUCCUGUACAGUACUUUGUUCCCAUUGUCGGCACAGCAGCUCAUUGACUGUUCCUCUCAAUAUAACAACUAUGGAUGUUCUGGUGGGCUAGCGUCAAAUGGAUUAGAAUACAUAUAUUAUCAUUUUGGCAUCGCUCAAGAAAAGGAUUAUCCUUAUAGAGGACAGGACGGUCCGUGUAAUAAAAACAGCAGCCGAACCAUUGCUUACGUCGCAACUGUUAUCAACGUCACAGCGGUGUCUGAGUUGGAUAUGAUUGAUGUAGCUGCGAACGACGGUCCAAUGGCAGUUGGUUUUCAUGUACCCGACAACUUUCACCUCUACAAAAGUGGCGUUUACCAAAACGACUCAUGUCCAACCAGCGGAAAUGAAGUAAAUCAUGUAGCCUUGAUAACCGGAUACGAUAGAACAGGCGACGGGUUGCGCUACUGGAUGGUGAAGAACUCUUGGGGAACAAAGUGGGGAAUGGAUGGAUAUUUUUGGAUGGAACUUAGCAAAAACGUUUGUGGAAUAAUGAACUGUGCAACAUAUCCUAUCGUGCAUGACUUAUCGGGACACUGAUGCGCAAACUGAGAGAAUGUCAAUUGAUUGGGAAACAGACUGUCAUCAUCGCUUCUCUGAUUUUUAUCUGAGAUUCGAAUUUGAACACGAAGUGUACACCAAUUUUAGUAAACUGUAUUGCUUGCAAUUACAACAGAAUAGCCUAUUAUUAUUUAUGUAUAAAGAACGAAUCAUUUCUGAAAAGUAAUAUAAUUGCAACUUUAGUAAUACUGUAAUUGAAUUUCUGAUAAAUUCAAACCUGAACUAAGAAAACACAAUUUAUAAUUAUUAAUUGAAUUAAUUCCAGUUAAUUUGAGUUAAUAAAGAAUAAAAUAUAAUAAUGGAAUUAAAUUGUGUAUAAUAAGGUAUAUUAUUGGUUUUUCAUUGAAAAUGUCAAUUUAAGAUAAAUAAUACCGUUUUGUAUUUUAGUCUGAACAGGCGAUGGACAACCGAAUGACAGAAAAAAAAUCAAUUACGUUAUGUUUUCUGGUUUUGUCCCCACCACCCUCACAAAAAUAAGUUACUAUGCGUAUAGUGUGAUAAGUAAAUAUUACAGUGUAGUGAUUUUGACACCAAUCCCAAUAAAUAUCUUUGUUGUAAUAAUCUCAGCCGUUAGCGGGUACUGGCAUGUUCUUAAAUGAAUUAACGAAAUUGAACAGUUCAACAGCACAGUAUAUAGUAUUUUAAUAAAUUGCACAUAAUCAUGAAAUUAACUAUCUUCAUCCAUAAAUAUUGCACAUAAUCAU